AAUGUUCACUUCACUCUAUCUAUACUAGCAACUACUCGAUCAGCAGCAAUGGCAGUUCCAAAGCUGAAGCUUAUGAUCAGCCUUGUAUUCAUUCAAGCCCUCAUCACUUCAAACCAAGCAGCCCCAUCAAACUCAGAUAUCUUCAGAGAAUACAUAGGAGCUGAAUUCAACAAUGUCAAGUUUUCUGAUGUCCCCAUUAACCCAAAUGUUGAGUUCCACUUCCUUCUCUCCUUUGCCAUCGACUACGACACCUCAGGUUCUUCACCCACCAAUGGAAAUUUCAACGUCUUUUGGGACACUGACAACCUCGGCGCCUCUCAAGUUUCAGACAUCAAGAAUGCCCAUUCAAAUGUGAAAGUUGGCUUAAGCUUAGGAGGGGACAGUGUCAAUAGUGGCUCUUGUUACUUCAACCCUUCCUCAGUUGAUUCAUGGGUUUCUAAUGCUGUUUCUUCACUCACAAGUAUCAUCCAGCAGUACAAUCUAGAUGGGAUUGACAUUGAUUACGAGCACUUUAAAUCUGACCCCAACACCUUUUCCGAGUGCAUCGGAAAGCUUAUAAAAACCCUCAAGGACAAUGGUGUCAUCAAGUUUGCUUCCAUUGCUCCUUUUGAUGACGAUGACGUUCAGAGCCACUACUUGGCCUUGUGGAAGAACUACGGCCAGUUGAUAGACUAUGUGAAUUUCCAGUUCUAUGCUUAUGAUCAUAGCACCACAGUGUCUCAGUUUAUCGAUUAUUUCAAGACUCAAAGCUCAAACUACAAUGGUGGGAAGGUCUUAGCGAGCUUUAGCACCGAUGGGAGUGGUGGAUUGUCCCCUGAAAAUGGGUUCUUCACUGCCUGCCAUAGGCUCAAGAGUGAACAAAACCUUCAUGGUAUCUUUGUUUGGUCUGCUGAUGAUUCCAAGAAAAAUGGUUUCCGCUAUGAAAAGCAAUCCCAAGCUCUUUUGGCAAUUCCACAUUAGCAUUGUACACAGAGUCACACUAUCCCUGCUGCUAUGUAGAUGAUUAAGAUUCAGGACCUGGAAUUGAGACGUUCCAGGAUAUUGUAUUAGUACUAUGCAUGUACUUUUAUCCAGUAGUUAUAUCUUCUAUACAUUUGUACUAAAUGUUUAUGAAUACUACAUUAUGUUUAACUAUAA